GGGACUGGGAACAUGGCUUCUGCUGCCGUGGCAGCACUCGUGGGCUGGGGGCUUCUGGAUUACAAGACAGAGAAGUAUGUGCUGACAAGAAACUGCUGGGUGGGCGUCUCUCAGAGGCUGCUGCAGCUGGGAGUGGUGGCCUACGUGAUAGGGUGGGCCCUCUUGGCCAAAAAAGGCUAUCAGGAAUUGGACUUGGACCCCCAGAUUUCUGUCAUCACUAAACUCAAAGGGGUUUCCGUGGCCCAGAUUAAGGAACUAGAGAACCGGCUGUGGGAUGUGGCUGACUUCGUGAAGCCAUCACAGGGAGAGAACGUGUUCUUCCUGGUGACCAAUUUCCUCGUGACACCAGCUCAAGUCCAGGGCAGAUGCCCAGAGCACCCUUCCGUUCCUCUGGCCAAUUGCUGGGAUGACACGGACUGCCCUGAAGGGGAGACAGGAACGCACAGCCAUGGCAUAAAAACGGGUCAGUGUGUGGUGUUCAACGGAACCCACAGGACCUGUGAAAUCUGGAGCUGGUGCCCGGUGGAGAGUGGUGCCGUGCCCAGGAAGCCCCUCCUAGUUCAGGCCAAGAACUUCACACUUUUCAUAAAAAAUACUGUCACCUUCAGCAAGUUCAACUUCUCCAAAACCAAUGCCUUAGAUACCUGGGACAGCACCUAUUUCAAGCAUUGUCGCUACGAUCCACACUCGAGCCCGUACUGUCCAGUUUUCCGCAUUGGGGACCUUGUGGCCAUGGCUGGAGGGGACUUUGAGGACCUGGCAUUGCUGGGUGGUGCUGUGGCCAUCAGAAUCCACUGGGACUGCAACCUGGACACCAGAGGAUCUGACUGCCAUCCCCAGUACUCCUUCCAGCUUCAGGAGAGGGGCUACAACUUCAGAACAGCCAAUCACUGGUGGGAAGCCUCGGGUGUGGAGGCCCGGAGCCUGCUCAAGCUUUAUGGGAUCCGCUUUGACAUUCUUGUCACUGGGAAGGCAGGGAAGUUUGCACUCAUUCCAAUGGCCAUCACAGUGGGCACUGGAGCAGCUUGGCUGGGCAUGGUCACCUUCCUCUGUGACCUGCUGCUACUGUACGUGGAUAGAGAAGCCCGUUUCUACUGGAGGACCAAGUAUGAAGAAGCAAAGGCUCCAAAGGCAACUAUCAACACCACAUAGACUGAGCUGGAAUUCACACCUGCUCUGCUGCUCAAGUGUCUCGAUGGGGGUUUGCACCUGCCCCAUGUCUGCUGCUGCUGGGAUCCAGAUGUCCGUGCACCAGGGACCUUGUCUGGGUGGCUGUCAUCCACGGGCCUAUCCA